GUUAAGAACAACUUUACGCAAUCCAAUUGCGCAACCGACUGCUCUUGUUCCAUUCUCCGGUUCCGGUAACCGAUAUCACCGUUUCUAAGUUGCGUAAGUUACGUAAAGAAGGCCGUACGCACGAAGAAGAUCCAGCACCACGCUGCGCAUUAGAAAACCGGCGAUCGAUAAGAAAGUGUCAACAAAAAGUGGUGCUGAAAUGAAAGUGAAUGUGCACCACUUUCCGGGUAGCAAAUAUCCCGAUUACUAACAUGCCUACAUGCCUCCCAUCGCUCGCCCUCCCCCAGAUAAAGGAUGGUGUUAAUUAUGCUUUAACGUUUUAAACCACAGCGCCAGACAGUGCCAGACCAGCGCGCAAUAUGGAAGUCGCGUACUUUCUUCCUUGCCAUACAUGCGACAUUUAGCACCAUAACCUUUGGAGUUUGGCGGUGCUGGAGAGGGAAGAAGAUUGUGUCAGAUACUUUAUUUUGGUUUUCCUUUCCGGCCAACUGGGCGAUCGCAUCGAGGUGAAGCAUCUGAUUGGGUCAUUUUCAAACGAUCGUCCAUCCUGAGAUGGAGCGUUACCUGUCAGCUGUCGCUCUGCUUGCUCUGUCAGCGGUGGUUGCCGUCGUUGGAGAGGGAACGGAAGGAUCUAACUCCACUGCGGGUGCACUGGUUGAGGCCAGGUACGAUCAUUAUGAAGACAUCUUCCGAUACUGGUGGCCUUGGUUCACGGAUCUAUCGACGGUCGUCGCGAUCAAGCUAAAGAUCUGGAUCGUACUGGUAGCGAUGCACGUGUUUGGCGAUGGGUACUACUGGUCCAAGUGGACCGGGUCCGGUGAACCGACCUACCAUCAACCGCCAGGCUUUGGAUGGGGUCGUCGUAAGCGGAGAGCUAUUUCUGAAGAGGAUUCGGGCAUGGCGGAGUUAAUUUUCAACCAGCUCGACAUUGAAGACGACACAUGCCGAAGGCGCAUCGUGUGUGAGCUCUAUCUCGAAGGCAAACGGGUGCCGGAGCUGUGGAGAGCAUUGGCCGCCCCAGGAUAUGAAGUGUUUCGUGCCUAUCGUCCAAAAGCGACCGUUCGUAGCUCGGCACAAUGUCGCAAGCUUUACCAGUGUGAGCUAUCGCAUAGAAAGGAUGGAACAGCGGGAUGGUUUCAGCAACCAAAUGCACUAACUGAUACGGAUGGAGAUGAUUGGCGAUGGCCACGGUAAGAAAGAGGUUCACGGGAAAAUUGUGGUUAAGAUAUUUAUUUCACUGUUUGUAAGAGUUUAAAAUAAAUUGCGUAUUGAAUCUUCAAAGCGCUUGUCUCAUGUGUAUGGAGUGGUCGCAAAGUACUGCUUCGUUAGUGAAGGGCUUAAGAUAGCUGCGAGCAGUACCACUUUGAAAAACAGCCAUAUUUGCGUAAUGUACACAAACACAAGCAGGUACUGAAUGGUUUUAA